GCUGCACGUGGUAGGCGAGCGCAGAGGCGCUUCCUGGCGUCCCGGGAGAGAGCCCGGCUGAUGAAAGGCCGCUCCCAAAACGGCUUCACGGCGUGGAGAGGAUUCUCUCCUGGCCCCGAGGCGAGCCCGGCAGGCGGCUCCUACCGGACUGGUGCAUUCCUGGAUGGGGUCCUGAGCCCAGGACACACUGAUAGGUAAUGGGGCAGUGUCCGCCCUUGGUCAGUCUUGCCAACAUCCCUCCUGCCUUCUGCAGCCUCCCGGUGGACAAGGGGCUGCAAGCAGUUAUGCCAGUUAUGCCUUCCUGAACCCAUUUUGCAGAUGAGGACAGCAAGGCUCAGGGAGUUAAGGACCUUGGCAGUGAACGUCACAGAUCACGGGAGUGGCUGAGUGAGGAUUCACAUCCAGGCUCUUUGGCACCAAAGGCCUCACUCUUUUCCUGUCAUUUUGCUGCCUUGUCACCUCAGACCCUGAUACAGGGCAGGCAAGUGAAGCUGUGCUGGCUGUUCCAGAGUGAACCAGAACCCUGAGAAGGGGAAGUAGAUACCCAGCUGGUUCUCUGCUAUGGCCUGUGAACCACAGAUGGACCCCGGCAGGGCGGCCGGCCCCUUGCCCACCUCCUCGCCUGGCUGGAACGCCCUGCCUGUGGGGAGCCCUCCUGGCUGGGGGCAAGAGCUCCGCAAUGGCCAGGUCCUCACAGUUCUCCGGAUUGACAAUACUUGCGCACCCAUCUCCUUCGACCUGGGAGCUGCAGAAGAGCAGCUGCAGACCUGGGGCAUCCAGGUCCCGGCUGACCAGUACAGGAGCUUGGCUGAGGGCGCCCUCUUGGAGCCCCAAGUGAGAAGAUAUAUCAUCUACAACUCCAGGCCCAUGCGGCUGGCCUUUGCUGUGGUGUUCUACGUGGUGGUGUGGGCCAACAUCUACUCCACCAGCCAGCUGUUUGCCCUGGGGAACCACUGGGUGGGCGUGCUGCUCGUGACCCUGGCCGCGAUGAGCCUGACCCUGACUCUCAUGCUCAUCUUCGAGAGACACCAGAGGAAGGCCAACACCAACACAGAUCUAAGGCUGACGGCUGCCAAUGAAGCCCUACUGCGACAUCGGGUGCUCUUGGGGGUGACAGACACGGUGGAAGGCUGCCAGAGCGUGAUUCAGCUCUGGUUUGUCUACUUUGACCUGGAGAACUGUGUGCAGUUUUUGUCUGAAUAUGUUCGAGAAAUGAAGACUAGCCAAGAGUCCUUGCUGAGAAGCAGAUUGAGCCAGCUCUGUGUUGUCAUGGAGACUGGGGUGAGCCCCGCCCCGCAGGCUGAGGGGCCUGAGAACCUGCUGGAGGACACUCCUCUCCUGCCCAGCAGUCCUCAUCCCGCAGACGCAGACAGGCCACUCAUGCAGACUGAGCUUCACCAGCUUGUUCCUGAGGCGGAGCCAGAGGAAAUGGCCCAGCAGCUGCUGGCAGUGUUUGGUGGCUACUACAUCCGGCUCCUGGUCACCUGCCAGCUUCCCCAGGCCAUGGGGACCCGGCACACAGACUCUCCAAAGGUCCCGUGCCCCUGCCAACUCAUAGAAGCCUACAUCCUGGGCACUGGGUGCUGUCCGUUCCUGGCCAGGUGACGUAGGGACAGAGGUACUCCUCUUCCUUCAAGAUUGAAGGUGAGAAGUCAGGGAGGCCUCAGGAGCCCAAGGUGGCCCAUGGCGAGCCCGAGGUGAGGAGAGAAGAAUCUGGGGCACUCUGAAGGAUGUCAGUCAUGCCAGCAGUGGGGUGUCAUGCUCACCACAGGACCCUGCACAAAAAUGUCUGUUGACAUCUCAUGAUCACCCCAGUCCUCUUCUGAAGCCGUGGUUGCUGAAUUGAUCCCAGCUAAAAGCUGCUCUCCAUGCUGCUUGGAGCUGUGGGCCUGGAUGGAAGGGCCGCUCCGCCGUCCCUUCCAUUGGACAGCCCAGCAAAUGUGAAGAUGACCAGACUGGCCAGACAUGUCUACAAUCUGGCUUCAGGUGAUGUGCCCAACUCCAGCCCCUCGUGUCAGACGGGGAAACGGAGGCCCUGGCAGGUUGCUGCUCUGUGCAGCAUCGCCUUGGGCCUCUGAAAUGACAAGCCUUCCUCUUCCUACUCUGAGAAAAUGAAGUACAUUUUCAGAACGUUCUCCUUUUUACAGUUUUCUUUUUCUAUACUUAAGGAAAAACAAUGGUACCUGUGCUUGUCUGCCCGUACACAGACUUCCAGGGGACAGAGCAAAGAAACCAGCGACGCAUGACUGUUAAUGGAACUAUUUGGAGAAGAUGCAUUUUGUCUGACUCGAGGACUUCCUUUCAAAGACAUGCACGGUUGUGGUUGUGGUUUUAUACUGCAGAUGCGGAGUGAAAGCCCUGUUUUCUGACACUGUCACUGCCCUGGAGUGAAGCAUCAUCUUCGUGGAGUUCCACAAAGAACUCAGAGGUUUCCAGGUUCUCUGCUGCUGAAUAAGUUUGAAGACCUAUGAUUCCAUUCCAGGCCUGAACCCAAAAGCUCUAGCCUGGCAUUGAGAGGCUCCCCAGUCCCCAGAGUCUGGACUUCAUCUGCAGUUUGGCUUCAUCUCCCGCAAAAUAAAAAGUUUAAGUUGAACCUUU